GUUUCAUUGAAUUGUCUUUUAAUUUACAUUUAAUUCAAAUGUUUGUAAAUUAGCUUUUAUUCUCACAAUUCAUAUAUUAUUAUAGUUUUAGUUAUUAUUUAUUUGUUUUUCUAUAUUUUAAUUGUUUUGCAUUUGAAUGGUGUCAACCAAUUGAGGACAUCGACCACCGAUGGCUGCACUCAAUCGACCACUUCUUCUGCGGUGCAAAACACCGAAAGGACAGCAUAUGAUUGAGAGCCUCUCUGGAGAUAAUACAGUCCAAGACCUGAAGGCCAUUAUCCUUAGCAUUACUGGUGUCGAUCCGUCAGCCCUUCGAGUCUUAAUAGGCUUUCCUCCGCGUGAACUCAAUCUUAGAAACGAUUUCCAGAAAUUAGACGAACUCUUAAGCCAUCAAAACAGGGAAACUCUUAUCAUCGAAGAAGUCAUCGAUAACUAUGAUAAGCAUCGGUCACGGAAUCGGUCGACAAACCAAUUGAUAUCCAACGCCUAUUCGGAUGUAAUGCAGUCUUCGAGCAGAAGUGAUACCAUUCCCGCGGGUGUUCUCAUGCGUCGAGUGGUUCCCGCAAACAACUCGUGUCUCUUCACGUCUGUGUACUUCGCUCUGUCGGGCGGAGAGUUCAACGACACGAUCGGAUCGGCCUUAAGACAGAUAAUCGCGGACACUGUGGCCGCCGACACCUUUACGUACAACGAAGCCUUCUUAGGGAAGCCGAACCGCGAGUACUGCACGUGGAUUCUCAAUGAAGAGCACUGGGGAGGAGCCAUCGAACUGUCCAUUCUCUCCAAAUACUAUGCCAUCGAAAUCGUUGCCGUCGACACCAUAAACGUGAGACUCAACCGUUUCGGCGAAGACAUGGCUCACUCGCAGAGGAUUUUUCUCAUAUACGACGGCAUCCAUUACGACCCGUUGAUGUGGGAACCCUUGGACAACAAGAAUCCCAUUCAGACAGUGUUUCCGGUGGCCAACGAGUCGGUGCUGUCGAUGGCGUUAGAGAUCGCCAAUGAGGCCAAAGCGAGCCGUCAGUUCACGGAUGUCCAGAACUUUUCGCUUCGGUGUCUGGUGUGCAACGCGGGGCUGACGGGCAACAGUCAGGCCCAGUCACACGCCCUCGAAACCGGACACUUAAACUUCGGCGAAAUCUGAGUUCAUUUCAUAAACAUAUAUUUUUCUCGAUUUUAAUAUUUGUAUCAAAAUAAGCGAUAAUACAAAAACUUAUAUCUCUUUUAAUUAUUAUUAUUUAAUAAUUCAAGUCAAUUACACACUUUAUUUCAAUUUCCAAUCAUUUAUAGCAAAACUUAUGGCAUUUUUAGCACUAAUAGUGAUCUUAAACUGAGCGGUU